UGUUUAGUGAAAACAAGACAAUAGUACUACAAUCUAAAAUGAUUUUUAAGGUAUGCUUCCUAGCUGUGCUGGUAGUGGCCGUAUCAGCUCAUGAUGGUCACUCCUCGAUUCACAUCUUAAGACAUGACGGUCAUCACACGCCUGUGGUUAUAAAAGACAAGCAUGGGCAUCAUCACGUUGACUACUACACACCUCCCAAGUACAAGUUCGGUUAUGAUGUGAAGAGCCAUCACACUGGUGAUCAUAAGAAACACCACGAGCACCGCCAUGGUGAUCAAGUCAAAGGAGAAUAUGCCUUGCACGAACCUGAUGGUGGUGCCAGGCAUGUCCACUAUCAUGCUGACAAGCAUUCUGGUUUCCACGCAGACGUGAAGCACAGUAUCCACCAUAUAGUGCCGAAGAAGCAUCAUCAUUAAAUCAGAUUUCUAUUAUCUAU